AUGUUACUUAUGUUUGAUUCCCUUGAAAAUCCUUUUUCUAAUAUAAAUUCUGAACAUAUGCGUUUUAAAGCUUUAGAUGAAAUGGGUGUUCUUGUUAGACCUAAAAUGGUAGAUAUUGGGUGUGGAUUAACCGAUAGAAUGAUGGGAGGUCAUGUUUUAUUUGAGCCAAAACCAGUUCAGAUGUCUGUUAUUCCUCUGAGAUCUGUACUUAAAAUAAUUUUGCUAGAUUGUAAUUUGUUUGAGAUAGUAAUUAAAUAUAUGAAACAAUUGGAAUGUAGUUCAAAAAUAUGUAUAAGUAAUUUUGUCCAAUCUCAACUGUGGCAAAGUAAACUGAAAGACAAUUCCCAAAAACUUAUUUUGCCAUUAUUUAUAUAUUUUGAUGACUUCGAAAUUAACAAUGCUCUAGGAUCCCACGCAGGUAACAAUAAGCUGGGUGCUGUUUAUGCUUCGUUAGCGUGUCUACCUCCUGAAUAUUCUUCCUCGUUAGAAAAUAUAUUUUUAGUAUCAUUAUUUAAAUCUAAAGAUAGGCAAGAAUAUGGGAACCAUGCUGUUUUUUCAGAACUUAUUUCUGAGCUCAAAUUUUUAGAGACUACUGGAAUAGAUAUUCUUUAUAAUGGUAAAAUCAACAAAGUUUUUUUCUCUCUGGGUUUGAUUUUAGGUGAUAAUUUAGGUUUACAUUCCAUGCUAGGAUUUUCAGAGAGUUUUAUAGCUAAUUUUCCAUGUAGAUUUUGCAAGUCUCAUAAGACUGAAUGCCAACAUCAGGUAGAACAAAUCGAUAAUAAUCUAAGAAACGAAGUUAACUAUUCUAAUGAUGUUGCAGUUGAUGACCUAACCCUCACUGGAAUAAAACAGCUUUGCAUUUUUAACGAAAUUAACUCAUUUCAUGUCACCAAAAAUUAUGCUGUUGAUAUCAUGCAUGAUAUCCUAGAGGGUGUUUGCAAAUACGAUAUUGGUAUGAUGUUAAAAACUAUGAUAUAUGACUUGAAUUAUUUUACUAUUGAUAUCCUUAAUGACAGGAUAGAAUCGUUUAACUAUGGACCUAUUAACAUUCGUAAUAUACCUCCACUUUUAUCAAAUGAAUCAUUAAGACGCGGUAUAAUAAAGAUGUCUGCUUCUGAAAUGUUGUGUUUCACAAAGAAUUUAGCAUUAAUUAUUGGUGAAUUAGUUCCCUUACAUUCAAAAUAUUGGUGUUUAUAUGUUACUUUAAAACAAAUCAUAGACAUUCUUUUAGGAAAAUGCCUCAAAGUAGAAGACAUUAAACUCUGUAAAGUUUUAAUAAAAGAGCACCAUGAGUUAUAUAUUCAAUUAUUUAACACCCACCUCAAACCCAAAUUCCAUCAUAUGAUACACUAUCCUUUUAUUAUGGAACAGUGUGGACCAUUGUCAUCACUUUGGUCUAUGCGUUUUGAAUCCAAACAUAAACAGCUUAAGGAAACUGCUAAAUCAAUUACAUCUCGUAAGAACUCCCCUUAUACCUUGGCAUUGAAACACCAACUUAGUUUAGCAUACAGAGUUUUGUCAUCAAAUAAUAAUAUUAUUGAUAUGCAGUUCGGUCAUCAAAUAACUCUUUCGGAAACCACAUGGCUUGAGUAUAGUAAAGUUGAAUUUUUAUGUUCCCCUUUUGAAUUUUUAGAAGAUGCAAUAUUUGUUUCGUGGAUUAAUUUUAAAGGAACCACUUAUAAUAGUAAUAAUAUGUCUAUUCUAGUUAGUUUAAGUGAUAAUCCAAAUAUAUUACCAAUUUUUGGACUAAUAAUAUCUAUAUUUAUUCAAGCUGAUAAUAUACCAUUUAUUAUUUGUAAGAUUUAUGAAAAUAAUUAUUUUGAUGAACAUUUCCAAGCAUAUAAUGUACAAUUACCUGAAAAAUUAUUAUGUUGUUCGGUUGAAAAAUUAGACAGUGUACAUCCCACUGUUCAUUGUGUCCUAUCAAAUAAUUUAUCUUAUAUACCUUUAUAA